GAUAUUCUUUGAAAAUUAUAAUUUUUUAAUUUCAAGUUGAAUUACUUAUUUAUAAUAUAUUUUAAAAGUAAUUUCUUCAUUAUAAAUUUCUCUAUUGAAAUUAAUUUGGGGAAUAUUACGUGUUGCAAUCAAAUUUUUUGCGAUUUUUGCACUGUAGGUGUCACUUUAAUCUAUCAAUUCUUUUUAAAUCAAAAAUGUCAGUUGAAAGGUACGGAAGAUGUUAAAAAAUUUUUUAUGAAGAUAUAUUGGUUAUUUUACUAAGAAGUAUUAUUUUAUUAAGGAAUUCAAUUCAAAUAUUAUAUAUUACAUAAAUAACUAUUGUGUCCCAAAGAAAGUCUAUAAUUUAUAACAUUAUGGAUCACAUGGAAGCAUUUCAAUGUCCAUCCGAUGUUCCAUCUGAGUAUAAGGAAAUUGCUUUAGAUACUUUAUGUAAAAUGAAAGACCAUGUUGAAACUAGAGAAUCAAGAUAUCAAUGGAAUUUAGAUGAUUUUGAAAUCGGUGCGCCUUUAGGCAGAGGUAAAUUUGGCCGUGUUUACUUGGCUAGAGAGAAAAGAACACAUUAUAUGGUAGCAUUGAAAACUUUAUACAAAGUGGAAUUAAUGAAAGGACGUGUAGAAAAACAAGUGAUGCGUGAAAUUGAAAUUCAAACACACUUAAGGCAUCCUAAUAUUCUGCAAAUGUUAACAUAUUUUCAUGAUCAUAAGCGCAUCUAUCUUGUAUUAGAGUUUGCUGCUCGAGGAGAAUUAUAUAAGGAAUUAAAGAGACAACCAAAUGAAAGAUUUAAUGAACACUUAUCUGCCAAGUAUACUUAUCAAGUAGCGGAUGCUUUAGAAUACUGUCAUAGAAAUAACGUAAUUCAUAGAGAUAUAAAACCAGAAAAUUUAUUACUUACAUAUGAAGGUAAUAUAAAAUUGGCAGACUUUGGAUGGUCUGUCCAUGCACCAUCAUCUAAGAGGAAUACAUUAUGUGGAACAUUAGAUUACUUACCUCCAGAAAUGGUAACAGGACAAACAUAUGAUAUAUAUGUCGAUCAUUGGUGUUUAGGUAUUCUCUGUUAUGAAUUUCUUGUGGGUAAACCACCUUUUCUUAGUGAUUCACAGCAAGAAACUUACGUGAAAAUAAAAACAAUAAACAUACAGUGGCCAGAACAAAUUACAUCAGGAGCCAAAGAUUUGAUAUCAAGGUUAAUUAAACGGAGGAGCUCGGAAAGAAUCUCUAUGGCUGCUGUAAAAAGACAUUUUUGGAUAAUGAAAUAUAAAGACUUACAUUAGUUUUAAGGGAAUAACAAAAAUUAUUUGAAAUAUAUUUUUUAUUACAAGACAAUUU